AUGAUGUGUAUUACGAAAUAUUUUAAUCUUAACAGAACACUUUUGUUGACUAUAGGCUUGUGGCCAUAUCAACAAUCAAAACUUGACCGACUUCGAUUUAUUUUCUUCCUCGGUAUUUUGAUAACCGCUACUUUAUUUCAAUUUACUACAUUUUUUAGUUCAAAAUGCACCGCUAACUUCAUUGUCAAAGUUCUAUCUAACGCGCUCAUUUUUAUAAUUUUUGUAAUACACUACACCUUUUUCGCCAUUAAUAUCGAAACAGUGAAAGAUUUAUUGACACAACUUCAAUAUGUGUACGAUGAAAUAAAAGAUGAAUGUGAAAACGCUAUCGUUGAAAAAUAUAAUUCUAAUGCGAAACUUUAUACGAAAACGCUUACAGCAGUCAGUAUUUGUGGUGCAUUUGCUCUUAUUAUCGCACAACUUUGGUCAAAUAUAAUUGAUGUUAUUUUACCGAUAAACAUAUCUCAACCACAUCGCUUGCCGAUUAUGACAGAAUAUUUCGUGGAUCAAGAAAGAUAUUAUAUUUUAAUCUUCCUGCAUUUAAAUGCAGCAUUUUGUAUAGGAGUGGCUGGAAUGUUAUCAAUCGGAACAUUGUUUAUUGCAUAUCUUGAACAUAUCUGCGGAUUGUUUAAAAUUUCUAGUUAUCGCAUUAAACGCGCAAUGAGAGUUAAUGUGUUGCAAAAUAUUAAUCCGAAGAAUGAUGUAUUGAUAAUAGAAGAAAUAAGAUGUGCCGUGGUUAUACAUCGGCAAGCUAUGAAAUUAUCCAAAGCUUUGGCAUCCAAAUUUCAAGCAAUGUUAUUCUGCUUAAUCGCAACAGGAGUAAUAUCACUGAGCCUCAAUCUCUUUCAGCUUUUUCAGAUUGCAACGAAUGGAGAUAAUGUCGAUGAAAUUUUAAUUCUUUUUGUACUUGUAUUUAUCAGUAUUUUAUAUAUGUUCUGCGCCAACUAUCUCGGGCAAAAUCUGACAAAUCAUAAUAAUUAUGUAUUUGUUUCCGUGUAUAACGUUCAGUGGUAUUUAGCUCCUUUAUGUGUACAGAAAAUAAUACUGUUUCUGUUGCAAAAAAACUCCCAAGAGUUUACUAUAAGUGUUUGUGGAUUAUUUAUCGCAUCAUUAGAGGGUUUUGCAACGCUGGUGAAAACUUCGGUCUCAUAUUUUACUGUCAUAUAUUCAGUGCAGUGA